AACAUGGCGGAGGUGUCAUUGGAAAUUUUCUAAAACUGUCAUAAAAGUCAUAAUUUCUCUUUUUCUUAGUAUGAUCAGUAAUAUGGUUCAAUGACAAGCAGAGCAAGAGAGGGUGUGCCAAUUUUUGUUAUGGAGGUGACGGUUCAGAGUCUGUUGGAGAAUGAGGCACAGGGUCGGGUCAAGAUAUCCUGUGAUCCUGGCGACACCAUUGACAGCCUGAUAUCGGCCUUCUGUAUUGAGAAGGGGGUACGCCAAAAGAAAGAUUAUGUCUUGAGGAACAUUAACAAUGACAUGCUUCACAAUACUCGUAGAAUAGAAACAUGUGGCAUUAAUGAUGGAGAUACACUUUACUUGGGAACUACAGCCCCAAGUGAAUCCACAUUUGGUUUCAACAAUUUCUGGCUGUUAGCAGGGGUCAGCCUUCUGAUUGGGACCAUUGGAAUUGUUGCCAUAUCGGUCAUCAAAGUCACCGGAGAUGCCAUCCUACAAGAGUAUGGCAUUGUCAUCGAUUGUGGAUCGACUCACACUGAAAUAUUCGUCUACUCAUGGCCUGGCACCAAACUGAAUGGGACUGGCGUCAUCAAACAGGUCUCCUCAUGCAGGAGAGAAAUUCCUUUAGCAUCAUUUGAGACACAUCCAAAAGAUGCAGGGCCAUCUUUGGUGGACUGCAUCCACCAAGCUGCUGUCAGUCAUAUUCCCCAGAACAGUCAUCACGAGACAAGAAUUUAUCUUGGAGCUACUGCUGGCAUGAGGAUGCUCUAUGAGAAGGAUUCCAAAGCCAGCGAUGCAAUUAUGCAAUCUGUCCGUAAGACUCUCAAAGAAUUCCCAUUCAAAUUUAGCGACCCUGCAGAUCAAGCCAGAAUCAUCUCUGGUCGAGAGGAGGGGUCAUUUUCUUGGGUGACCUCAAACUAUCUGUCUGGAAUUUUUGCAGUGUCCGAUUCUGGUAAAGUUGUUCCACGUGCGGAUGCAGACACGCCAUCAAGAACUUUUGGUGCUCUAGAUUUAGGCGGUGCGUCAACUCAGAUAACCUACCAGCCCGCCCCAUCUCUCAUGGCAGACAUUCCAGCAGAGUAUGUCGAGCCAUUGUUAUUGUAUGGAGAGAUGUACGAGACCUUUGCCGACACUUUCCUUUGUUUUGGAAAAACAGAAGUUGAGAGGAGAUUGCUUGCAAACUUGGUGAAUGCUGAUGCAGAAGCAGCCAACAACAGUACGGUGACAAACCCCUGUGCACCGAGGGGAAGCCUGGUUGAAAAAGCCUAUGGCUACGUAUUCGAGGCUCCUUGCACUGUGGGCAAACAGGCAAGACUGAGCGGCACUGAGGUCAUUCCACACAAGGAUAUCCCUAAGAAUUCAACAUUCCGGUUCCGUGGUACUGGCAAUUCCUCACAGUGUCAACUAGAUGUAGACAAAUUGUUCAACUUCACCAACUGUCCUUAUGAAGGUCAUUGUUCAUUCCAAGGUCACUACAUUCCAGAUGUCUAUGGAAAAUAUUUGGCAUUCACUGGUUUCUUCCAUGUGAUGGACUUUCUCAACCUAACAGCUGCCCGUAAUCCUGGGGUUGUCACACUGAAGAAAUUCACCUCGGUGGUGGAUGGUCUCUGUGCUAAGGAUUGGAAGGAGGUGAAGACCAUGCGCUCCCCAGUGACAGAUCUGCUACCCUUCUACUGUUUCGAUGGACACUAUGUCCUCACUCUGCUGACCAAAGGCUAUGGCUUCAAUGAAACAAAUUGGAAAAGCAUAGAGUUUGUAGAUAAGAUUCAAGACACCACAGUCGGUUGGCCAGUGGGCUACAUGCUGAACGUGACCAACUCAAUCCCAAUUGCGGAACCACUUGAGAAGAUCAGCUUCCCUGUCUUCAUCGGCUUGAUGUGUGUCUUCAUAUUCUUUAUCUUUGUUGCCAUCGGAUUUGCGUGCCACGCAAAAAGCUCGCGAGAAUCCAAAAGCGAGUAUCAGAAACUUCCAGAGUAUGGUACCGUUUAAUAUUUGCUCGUCUAGGUUUAAUGUGCCUUGUUAUUAUCAAAAGUCGUUGAACCAAGUUCAAAUCAUUCAUACUGAAUUCUGGUGAUUUGUGCCACACCUGGGGAUCAGCAAAGGGAGGCCGGCACCAAUGUAGUUUCACGGCAAAAAGUAGUUCCAGUUAUCUGGUGACCUUUCGAGGGACCAGUUGUCCUGGAGCCACACAAUUUGGGUUGAGAUGAUGCAACACGUUGCCUUGGGUGGGAUUAUCUUCAUCAAAACAUUAUAAACGCUCACCACAACGAUUUUAUUGAGGGUUUUGAAUUGAGCUUACUUUCAAUUUUCACUCUUUCGAAAGGAGUUGUAUGAAGCUUUUUCUAAGAAAUUAUGUCAUUCUUUGCCAUUGUUCUUUUUUAGUAAAAAUAUCAUGUGUCACAUUUUCAUCACUUGUGGACCAAAUGACUACUGAUACUGUUAAAUUCCACAUUUGCCAUAGCAAUCAUGCGAUGCUUUACAAGCACGAUAUAAUAUAUUUCAUAUUUUUUAGCAUUUGCAACUAUCCGCUUGUUCAUGUUGUAGUGAUAUUCUAACAUUUUUUGUACAUAUCAUUCAGAAAUAGUUGUACAUGUACAGGAAGAUUGUAUUCCAGUUUAGAAAGAGGUCACAUUGUUGCUGUAUGUAACUUGAUACCGAGAAUUCAGCAUUUUCUUGAUCAGGGUUGGGGCUAGAGCAGUGUGGCUCUGAAACAGAUAGGAAAAUAGUUGACUUGUUGAAUCGGUACUGCCAUUUCUUCAUUCCAUUGCAUUGGAGCAUUGGCGGGUAGUCAGGUCAGUUUGAGGUAUCAGGGUUGACCAUGACGUGACAUCACCCACAGUGUCUCCUAUUCUGUGAGCUGAGGCAGUGUGCAGUAUCCUAUACUCUACUGCUUUAGCCCCCAUAACAGAUCCACCUCUGGAGAGUUGGAUCUGGAAAGGGGGUAUCACCCACCGAAGAGCGUUAGAAGAAAGUUGAAUAGAUAUUACAUUGUAUUUGAUCAGGUUCCACUACUUGCUACUGUCAAGGAGGACACUGGAAGUCCAUCCCAUCAAUGUGCCUGGUUUAUGCUUAUACAUGUUAUCAGCUUGUUGUGUAUUUGAUUCCCAAAAUCAAUUUCUUUUUGUCAGUGUCUUCAAUUACAGAAGCACAAUGUUUCACUGCUUAAUAGCGUGUUGAGCGACUUGGACCCGAACUGUGACGUUGAUCAGGACGAAGUCCUUGUUAGUCACAAGGCCAACUGCUUAAUCAGACAUCUGCAAGACAUGAUUUAGAUAUACAGCAUGUUAUACGCAACCGAAAAAUAGCCAAAAGGAUGCCAUUUCAUUCUCCGAUGAAGAGGUUACAAUGAAUUCUGUCAUGUCAUCUUCUCGUGUUGUAAGAACUCUACCGUUAAACACUUCCGGCUUUCUCCUUGAAGUACUGUCUAGGCAAAAUCAGCUGAUUGAAUGUUCAAAUGCUGGAGGCAGUGAUAUAAUGCUGCCAUUGUUGCAUCAUAUCACUAUGAAAAUGUUAAAAGGAAAUUUCUUAAAAACAGCUUUCAGUAACUGACAGAGCAAAUAAUUGUAGUCAAUUUGAUUGGCCAUUUUGUCUUUGGUUGGCAGUGCAUGUAGAGAAACUGUGUGUUGUCACGUUGGUAAAAAUGGAAAUAUUUUGCUGUUUAUCAUGUUUGUUACUGUAAAUAUUAAUCAUUGUUACUGUAUUCAUUUUCUAUGAAACCAUAUUCAUAUUCUAUGAUAAAGUGAGAUUUGAGAUCAUUCUGUCUAGUCAGUUCUACUUGUACUUUCAUGUGUGCACUGAAACCAAGUUGAAAGAUGAUGCAAGUGUCCUUUAGAGAUAAACUAAAUCUUGAUUGGUAGUAAAUUCACUUUUAGAUAACGCUUAAGUAAUAUUUUAUGAUCAGGGUAGUAGCGCUAUCAUGAUUUAUAUCAUGAGGUGGGUUCUAUUGUGGCCAUGUAUAAUUAUCUAACUAUUGACAAAGUCAGACACAUUAUUAGAUAAUGUUUUAAUUUGUUCCACUUUAAACAAGCUUGUUAAUUCAAUGAUUGGAGUAAAUUAUUAAACUGCCAUUGUGAUACUAAUAA